GAUCGAGCGCAUUCCGCAUCCCACAUCGGCACCGCCAUCUCGAUUCGUUUUAAGAGUGUGUUUCAGAGGCUGGGCCUAUAAACUGCAGCCAGAUCUUAGUUUCAUUUGUGUGUCAAGUGUUCAACUAGGCUGUUUUGUUGCACAAUCAAAACGGGUUCAAGCGGGUGCAGUCGCCGUAUACGCAACGCAAAGCUAGAAAAAGUUGCGCAUACGUCACGGCGUCACAUUGGAUGGCGCGACCAUUGAACCGCGCCAUUCCGCACCACGCCAAUCGUACGACACUCAAGCACUUCAUAGCCACUAACGUGGCCCAAAGACAAUCAGCAUGGGGUACGACGACGUCAUUACGCACCUGGGCGAAUUCGGUCGCUACCAGAAACGGAUUUACUAUCUGCUCUGUCUGCCGGCCAUCGUCUGUGCCUUCCACAAGCUCGCAGGGGUCUUCCUCUUGGCCAAACCCGACUUCCGCUGCCAGCUGCCACACGAGGAUGCGGCCACAGCGCAGUUCUCGACGCUGCCGCUCGAAAAAUGGUCGCUGGCCUAUCCCCCCGACAGGGUGACCGGCAAGGCCUCGACGUGCGAGUACUACGAUGUGACCUACAGCGCGGACUACCUCAAUGGCAGCGAACCCUUCACACAGAACGGAACCGUGGCCUGCUCUGCGGGAUUCCUCUACGACCAGAGCAAGUACCUCAACAGCGCCGUCACCGAAUGGGACAUGGUGUGCAACAGGAGCCUCUUGAGCGCCACCAGCGAUUCGCUCUUCAUGCUGGGCGUCCUCCUGGGCAGCUUCAUUUUUGGCCAGAUGUCGGACAAGCUGGGACGCAAGCCCACCUUCUUCGCCUCGCUGAUCCUCCAGCUGAUCUUCGGUGUGCUAGCAGCCGUGGCGCCUGAGUAUUUCAGCUAUACGAUCUCCCGCAUGAUUGUGGGCGCCACCACGUCGGGCGUCUUCCUGGUGGCAUACGUGAUCGCCCUGGAGAUGGUUGGAUCCUCGUACCGCCUCUUUGCCGGCGUCGCCAUGCAGAUGUUCUUCUCCGUGGGCUUCAUGCUGACGGCGGCCUUUGCCUACUUCAUCCACGACUGGCGCUGGCUGCAGAUUGCCCUCACGCUCCCAGGACUCCUCUUCGUCUGCUACUACUGGAUCAUACCGGAGUCCGCCCGCUGGCUGCUGCUCAAGGGGCGCAAGGAAGAGGCCUUCGUGAUCAUUGAGAAGGCUGCCAAGGAGAACAGGGUGGAGAUUCCCAGCGAGAUCUACGAGCAGCUGGUGGAGGAGGUGGCCGAAAAGAAGAAACAGGACGAGCUGACGGCCUCCCAGCCGGCGGCCACAGUCUUCGACCUUUUGCGGCAUCCGAAUCUGCGUCGCAAGACGCUGCUCAUCUUCUUCGAUUGGUUCGUCAACAGCGGCGUCUACUAUGGGCUAUCGUGGAACACCAACAACCUGGGGGGCAACCAGCUGCUCAAUUUCAUGAUCUCUGGCGCCGUCGAGAUUCCAGCCUAUGUCCUGCUCCUCUUCACGCUCAACCGCUGGGGCAGGCGAUCCAUCUUGUGCGGCACCAUGCUGAUCGCUGGAGUAAGCCUUCUUCUGACCAUCGCCGUGCCCAGCGGCAACACCUGGAUGAUCGUUGCCUGUGCGAUGAUCGGGAAGCUAGCCAUCACUGCCUCUUACGGCACCAUCUACAUAUUUUCGGCGGAGCAGUUCCCCACAGUGGUGCGGAAUGUGGGUCUUGGCGCCUCCUCCAUGGUGGCCCGUGUGGGCGGCAUACUGGCGCCGUAUCUAAAGCUCCUUGGCGAGAUCUGGCAGCCCCUACCGUUGAUCAUCUGUGGGGCACUCUCUCUGACAGCUGGACUACUUUCGCUGCUGCUGCCCGAGACGCUCAACAAACCCAUGCCGGAGACCAUCGAAGAUGGCGAGAACUUUGGCAAGAAGCAGGAGCCGGCGAUCAGUGCAGAAGCGGGCUCCAACCAAGAGCUGAAGGGGAUGCUCAAUCAAAGCUAAGUGGAGGAGGUGCAUCGGAAGGGGAUACCACUUGACACAGUCCAAUCAGGCAUCCAGCGUCGGCCCUAAUUGAUUCUCGCAUCUGGAAGUUUCAACGAAUUUAUGCAUUCUUCGCUUUGUCCAUUCCAUAGAAAAGUAUUUUCAAAUUCAUGCAAUAACUCAUGCGACACAUCACAUUUCACUUGCACGACUUUUGUUUCGUUUUACAAGCAGAUUAAAUUAUACUUACAACA